GCCAAUCAUCAUACCAAUCUUGACCAGCCGGGCCGCUGUUGUGCAGCCAGCUGGUGGGCGACGUUUACGGGAUGCUCUGAUGAAGGGUCGGCCCUGCGAUCUCAAUGCAGUGGGAACCAAGUUGCUCGUGGAGAAGCCGAAACGGCCUGGGACUUUGGCCAGCUCAGCCUCCUUGCCACCCACGAGGAGCUCUGCUUCCACCUCUUUUGAGACGACCAGGCAAUCGCACUGGUCCACCUUUUCCUCAGCGAGGGAGUCAGAGUGGCCUUCACCGCAGCCUUCGAGGUGUUUCUCACCAUGGUCCUUGACGUCAAUGAACAUUGGGAGCUUGGAUUCAAACAGCCAAGAACUGGUGGAAGAGCCCUCCGUGAAGGUGGCCAAAGCGAAGAGGAGUCCAAGCGGAACGCCCUUGGCGCGCGGCACGCGUUUGCCUCCCCGCAGCGGCACGCUGCCGAAGCUGGAGAGGAGGCCUUCGAUGCCUGCCACUCUACAGGACUGGCAUUUGUUGGAUGUUGUGGGCUCUGCAUGUAGUUUGGCUUCGCAGGAUCGCCGCUUGAGCAGGUCGGCAGUUGCACCUGGCCGGCCAGUGGAUUUGUCAUGCCUGCAGGAGAUUCAGGGCCUUCACUGUGGCAUUCAGGAUCCUUUCGGCCAGGCUCGUCAGCGAGAACGGGAGGUUCCGCUGACCUCCUGGUUGCAGGAGAUGGGUGUCGAGGUGGACUUCAGCGAUUUGCUGGUGCGGGGACGUGGUGCGCUGAGAAGAGGUAGCCAUCCACGGCUAAGCCAUUUGCAGCGAGCACGUUUGGACCGGGCUUUUGUGGAACAACUGGACAGGAUCGCCCGUGAGCGAAGCCUGCCUCUGGAAGACCUAACGCAAGACCUUCAGAUUUUCCGACUGAAGCUGCAUGAUCGGCAGGCGCGCAGAAGGCUGCACGACAUCUUUGGCGCCAAGCGGCGGCGCGCGCCGCCCCCGGAGUUCGCCCAGGUGGUGCCUGUGGAGGACGUCCCGGUGCCCAAGGUCAAGGAGCCGCCGCCACCUGCGUCCUUCACGGACGACUACAUCCCCCGGACGCCCAAGGCGGUAGUUUCAGCUGAAGUGCCACAGAUUGUCAAGGAGGACCCCGUGCCGGUGCCGGUCUCGCCGGUGACGCCCAUCAGUCGCAAGCCGACGCCGCAGAGGCCCGUGCCAGAGGAGGUGGACGAGCCCAUACCAGCUGUUGUUCCUCAAGAAGAAUCUGAAGAUGAAGAAGAGGUGGAGGAGCCCACGAAGCCUUUGCCCAAGCCACCACCAACACCACAGACACCAAAGGUCCAGCCGAAGGAGGUGAAGCGCAAGCAGUCGGAACUGCCAGAGAUCGAGCCACCGCCACCGCAGGUCCGUGAGCUCGUGGUGGAGCCCCGCGGUCUUUUCCGAGUCAAGGAGGGGACAUUUCUUGGUCAUCCUGGAUUGCUUUUCCCUUGCCUCAGAGCUUCAAAGGAGAAGUCGUCCAAGGAGGUGACACUCUUCGAAGAUGACCUGCUCUUCCAGGACUCGGAGAAGCCCCAAAGCGCCGAUCAGUCGCGGCCGGGCUCACGCCGCCGCUUUAAUCUGGCAGAGCAAUUCCGAGAGGCCUUGGCUGCCGCGUGGCAACGUGCCUUGCAGUCACUCGAAGAGCCCCGGAGCUUUACUGAGCGCAUGAAAGAGAAAGAUGACAAGGAUGAGAGGCUCGAGGCUGAGGCUCAAGAAGCUCGAGAGGAGGAAGAUGAAGACAGCUCUGACAAGGAGCUGAUGGAGACCUGGACCUCGCUCUUCUCCGACUGCAUCGACUCCGACUCCACGGAGAGCCUGAGCUUGUCGGAACGUGCCAAGCGCCUCCAACAGCGGCGCUACCGAAAGCGGCUGCUACGGCGCACCCGUGGAAACCAAGCACGAGAUCGGACCAGCCGGUGCGGCUCCCAACGGAGGGACCACCCUCGCAGGUGCUGGACCAAUCGAAUGGAGGUCUGUUUGAGGCUUCUGACAUCUGUGGAUGUCCUAACGGCCAAAGCCCUGACGCCGUGUUAGAUUUUGCUUUUCGCUGUGUCGAUGACCGCACGGCCCAUAGUAGAUUUGCUUUUUCUUUUUUCUCGCGGAAUUCAUCUCAUAAUUCAGUGCAAGUCAGAGACUGAGUCGAAGAUUCAGCUCUUGCUCGAAGCUCUUCCCAUUCUUCGCUGCGGAGCGCUCGCGCGACGGGGACAGAGUUCCAAGCUGCUUGAUGGAACUACAACGACCA